AUGUUCAUCAUCCAAUCAAAUCAGCCCAGCUAUUGUACCAAUACUUUUGCCUCCGGCUCAUGUCAUACGGAAUACGACGGCCAGGUUGAAUCUGCCCUUCAAACGAAAUGUGCUAUGGGUGGAUUGUCUCGAGGACUACGUCGUACUGGCAGUAACUUGUCCGAAUUGUCCUUGUCGGACCGUUGCGAUUACGAUGCUACACAG